UCUUCCCACCCCCCCCCCCCCCCCCCACACGCCGAGUCCCCAACUCGCGAAUAAAUCGGCGAGGGCGGUUACUGCGAUCCCUUCACCGCCCAACGCCAUUCCGAACCAGGUUCGUCGUCGCCAUGGCCGCAACGGGCUGGUCCGACCUGCCGUCGGAGCUCCUCUCCGAGAUCGCCGGCGGCCUCGUCGAGCUGGGGGACAUCGCGCGGUUCCGGUCGGUCUGCUCCUCCUGGCGCGCGGCGGCGGGUGGGGCGGCGGCCGCUCCCCCGCCGCAGCCGCCGUGGCUGCUUCUCCCGUCCUCCCCCUCCAGGCUCUUCUUCUGCCCGCGGGAGGACCGCCUCUACCCGGACCUGCGGAUGCCCGCCCUCACGGCGGAGGCCCACCGCCGCCGCCGCCGCCGCCUCUACGCCUCCCCGCACGGGUGGACGCUCGCCAUCGACCCCACCGACCUCGCCGCGUCGCUCCUCCACCCCUUCACCGGCGCCGUCUGCGCCCUCCCGCCGCUCCCGGCCUUCUUCGCCGAGACGGACGACCUGGCCUGGGACUGGUCGCCGCACGGCGUCAUGGCGUCCUGCGGCGAGGGACUCCUCUUCUACGCCUCCGACCCGCCCGCCGCCGCCUGGGCCCCGAUCCCCGCCAUGGCCGACUGCAACGCGAGCAGCAUCAACUACUCCGGCGGCGAGUUCUUCGUCUUCGAGGAGGACGUCUGCCGCACAACCAUCGUCGACGCCCUCACCCUCGCCAUCGCGGCCGUCAUCCCGGCGCCCGCCGUCGAGCUCCCCUCCGAGGCGCGCAUCGCGGUGGCCGGCGACGAGCUCUUCCUUCUCGUCAAGUCCAAGUGGAUGUACCUCUUCGGCGACGACAUCGACUUCUCCAAGGUCUUUCGGGUGGAUCACCGCAGCGUUGACUCGGCCUGGCAGGAGCUCACCGGCAUCGGCGGCCGCGCCCUGUUCGUCGAUUCCCUCCACGGGUUCGCCAUGGAGACCGCGGGAUUCGAGAACCUCGAGGGCAACACCAUCUACUCCGUGACCACCAAGGAGGUGAAUGAUCGGCGUUCCACCACGGUGAAGUAUAGCGUGUCGGUGUUCAGCCUGGAGCACCGGAGCUCCAAGAAGCUCGCGUGCCGCCUCAACAAGCUGGAGAUGGCCCUCCGCGGCGAGACGCCUUCCUGGAUCAUACCAAGCUUGAACGAAGGAUGAACGGAAUCAGAGAUUGCCGGAUUGGUGGUUCUUGAAGCAUUCGUGAUCGACAAAUCUCUGCCUCGGUCUCGGUAAAUUCUUCGUUACCCUUGCAGUUGCAUCAGCAGGGUGUUCAGCAAAGUUGGAAAUCAAUAAUUCUGUUUAAUAUCUUGUUCUUUGUUUAUUUUUUAUUUUGUACAUCUUGUCCAUUAAAAUAUCUUUAUUUCUGAAACUAUAUCACCCACGAAGCUUAGUUUCCUCAGUUGUAUUUGUUGGGAACUUUUAAGUUUCGAUGUCCACUGUCAAUGUUGCCCUUGAAUAAAGGUUUAUGUCUUUGUUAUAUUAAAGUUGAGUUGCUUCAGUU